AGGAGGACGGGUGGAUUACAGCCCUAUAUGGCUGUGGACGGGCUCUGCUAAUAUCGGCGCAGCAUCGCGUUUCUGCCAGUGGCUUCCAGAGUCUGAGGCUUCACAGCCAUGGCUGAGGGCGGAGAGGCAGAAGACGAGAUCCAGUUCUUACGAACUGAUGAUGAGGUGGUGCUCCAGAGUGUGGCCACCAUCCAGAAGGAGCCCCGUAAGUUCUGCCUGGCUGUUGAGGGACUCGGAAACCGUCUGUGUUACCUGGAACCCACAUCUGAAGCUAAGUAUGUUCCUCCAGACCUGUGCAUCUGUAACUUUGUCCUGGAGCAGUCCCUGUCUGUGCGAGCCCUGCAGGAGAUGCUGGCUAACACUGGACAGAACAGUGAAGGGAGUGCUGACCAUGAAAAAUGGAGGUUUGCAAAAAAGGCGGCUCAGGGCGGCGGGCACAGAACUCUCCUUUAUGGUCACGCCAUCCUGCUACGCCACUCCUUCAGCGGCAUGUUCCUGACCUGUUUGAAGACGUCAAAGUCUCUGACUGACAAGCUGUCAUUCGAUGUUGGACUGCAGGAAGAUUCAGUAGGUGAGGCCUGCUGGUGGACCAUCCACCCUGCAUCCAAGCAAAGAUCAGAGGGAGAGAAGGUGCGCAUCGGUGAUGACCUGAUCCUUGUCAGCGUGUCAACAGAGAGAUACCUGCACCUGUCCAUUUCCAAUGGCAACAUCCAGGUGGACGCCUCCUUCAUGCAGACCCUGUGGAACGUCCAGCCGACCUGCUCCUCCAGCAACAUGGCUGUCGGGUAUUUGGUUGGGGGUCAUGUGAUGCGUCUUUGCCAUGGACAUGAUGAGAGUUUGACCAUUCCUGGAGCGGACAAGAGUGAGGAGGAGCAGAGGACCGUGAACUAUGAGGCAGGGAAAGGUGCAUCGAGGGCCCGCUCGCUGUGGAGACUGGAGCCGCUCCGAAUCAGCUGGAGCGGGAGCCACAUCCGGUGGGGCCAAGCCUUCCGACUACGCCACCUGUCGACCGGUCACUACCUGGCCCUGACUGAGGACCGUGGAUUAGUGCUGCAGGACAGGGAAAAGUCCGACACCACGGCCACCGCCUUCUGCUUCAAGGUGUCCAAGGAAAAGGGCGACUCGGGCCUGAAGCGGGACAUAGAGGGAAUGGGGAUGCCAGAGAUCAAAUACGGUGACUCGGCCUGCUUCGUCAUGCAUGUGGCGACUGGACUGUGGCUGACCUACCAGGCGCCCGACGCCAAGUCAUCUCGCUUAGGACCAUUAAAGCGAAGGGCCUGCCUGCAUUCUGAAGGUCACAUGGAUGAUGGGCUGACCCUGCAGCGCUGUCAACAUGAAGAGUCACGAGCCGCACGCAUCAUCCGCAACACCACCUUCCUCUUCACCAACUUCAUAAGGGCUUUGGACAGAAUGACAGCGGGCGAAUCCACGGCGGUGGCUGGUUAUGUGGAAGAAGUGCUGCAGACGCUGAACGACCUGAUUGAGUACUUCAAGCAGCCUGACUCGGAGCUAGAGCACGAGGAGAAACAGUGUCUCCUCCGUUCACUCAUUAAACGUCAAGAUCUCUUCAAAGAGGAAGGGAUGCUGACCCUCCUCUCCAAAUGCAUCGAUCGCAUGAACCUGUACAACAGUGCUGCCCACUUUGGAGAGAUGGCGGGCGAGGAGGCAGGCGCGGCCUGGAAGGACAUUCUCAACCUCCUCUAUGAACUCUUGGCUGCUCUGAUCCGUGGGAACAGGAAUAACUGCACCCAGUUUUCACGAAACUUGGACUGGUUGGUCAGCAAACUGGAGAGACUGGAAUCUUCUUCAGGAAUCCUGGAAGUCCUCCACUGUAUCUUGGUUGAAAGUCCUGAGGCUCUGAACAUCAUCCAGAGAGGACACAUUAAAUCGAUCAUCUCUCUGCUCUACAAGCACGGACGCAACCAUAAGAUUCUAGAUGUCCUGUGUUCCCUCUGCGUUUGUAACGGCGUGGCGGUGAGGGCCAAUCAGAAUCUGAUCUGCGACAACCUGCUUCCCAAUAGGGACCUGCUGCUUCAGACUCGACUGUGGUCAACGAUGUCCAGAGGUAAAGAACGAGGACAUGGAGAUGGACUCAUGCGGCCCAACAUCUUCCUGGGUGUGGCUGAAGGUUCCGCCCAGUAUAAGAAGUGGUAUUUUGAGCUGGUGAUUGACCAGGUGGACCACUUUGUAACCGGCGAGCCGACUCACCUGAGGGUCGGCUGGGCCAACACCAAAGGCUACGCUCCCUACCCCGGGGGAGGAGAGGGGUGGGGGGCAACGGCGUUGGGGACGACCUCUACUCGUACAGCUUUGAUGGACUUCACCUCUGGUCAGCACCUGUCCAUUUCCAAUGGCAACAUCCAGGUGGACGCCUCCUUCAUGCAGACCCUGUGGAACGUCCAGCCGACCUGCUCCCUCCAGCAACAUGGCUGUCGGACCGUGAACUAUGAGGCAGGGAAAGGUGCAUCGAGGGCCCGCUCGCUGUGGAGACUGGAGCCGCUCCGAAUCAGACCUCUAUGCCAGAUGGACGAGAAAAAUCCCAGCCUGGCAGCUUCCCUCACUGCAGGCGUCACCAGCGGGUUCUUGGGUUGCCGCCACGACAAGCACGGGAACAAUCUGGCCAAACCCAAAGCAAUCACCUCAACAAUGGAGGCCUCGAAGAUGAACCACUCUGAUUUCAUGUCCCUGACCUCCCUCGGGAUGUAG